AUGAACGGAAUCACGGCAUCGGUAGACAAACCGGUGACGGAAGUGGAAACGCCGAAUGAUGAGCCCAAACCGAAGAAGACAGGCGUUCGGGAAAAGUUGAUGCAGAUCAGAUCGAACAUAACGGUCGAGCCGAUUAUUGCUUGCUAUAUCAUGUCAAAUGUGUUUUCUGGACUGGCAGUACAGAAUUUGAAUUUGGAAAAGGCCUGCAGAGUGAACUUAGGAUAUAGUGAUGAAGUGUGCUCGGCGUUGAAUAGGCGGCAGACGGAGAAUUACACGACAGAGGAAGCGGAAGUUCAGAAGCUGACUGCGUCAGUGCAGGCGUGGAAGAACAUUGUUCAGACGGCGUUUCCGUGUAUUCUCGUCCUGUUCGUGGGUUCCUGGAGCGACAAGACCGGAAAGAGGAAAGCAUGUAUUCUACUCCCGAUUGUCGGGGAAGUGCUGUGUUGCACAAGUUUCAUUCUGAACACAUAUUUCUUCUACGAAUUGCCCUUGGAGAUAACCGCUCUUUCGGACCUGUUUCCUUCUCUCACCGGAGGUUGGAUCACGGUGUGCGUCGGUGUGUUCAGUUACAUUGGUGACGUCACUACCAAGGAAAUGAGGACAUUCAGAGUAGGAGUGGCCAAUUUAUGUAUGUCCUUAGGCAUCCCUAUCGGGAUGUCUCUAAGUGGUAUAUUGCUGCAGCAAAUUGGAUACUACGGCAUAUUUUGCAUAUCGAACUGUUUGUACCUGACCAGUUUAAUAUACGGGUAUAUCCGGCUCAAGGACCCGGUCAUAUCUCAGGAGAGACAACGAGAGCUCCCUGUGGGGUGCCGUGGCUGGGUCUGUUCAUUCUUCGACGCGCGCCACGUCCGAGAGACGCUGACGGUCGCGUUCCGCAGCGGCCCUCGGCGUCGGAGGCUCAGGGUGUCUCUGCUGAUCGUGGUGGUCUGUGUCAUAUUCGGACCCUUACAUGGUGAGAUGAACGUGCUGUACCUGUUCAUGCGGUACAGGUUCAACUGGGAUGAGGUGCAGUUCAGCAUGUUCUGCACAUACAGCAUCAUCACGAACCUUGUUGGUACGCUGUUUUCCAUCAGUAUCUUCAGUGACUUCAUGAAGCUGGACGAUACCGUCGUUGGCAUCAUCUCCUGCACCAGCAAGAUCCUCGCUUCCUUCAUCUUCGCCUUCGCUAGCACCACCAUCGAGAUUUACAUGGCGCCAUUGGUGGAGAUUUUCAACGGAACAUCCUUCAUAGCAAUGCGGUCCAUAGCGUCUAAGUUGGUGACAAGUGAGGAAUUAGGCAAAGUUAAUUCCCUAUUCGGUCUAGCUGAGGCCAUGAUGCCUCUGGUGUAUGGUCCCCUGUACUCCAGGGUGUACAUGGCAACACUCAGCUUUCUACCAGGCGCCGUGUUCCUGCUCGGAGCGGCCAUGACAGUCCCCGCUGUAGCGAUAUUUGGAUGGAUGUACUUCGAGCAAAGACAAGACAAUCAACUGGACGAAACGGAAACUGUGAAUAAAGAAGUUUAAAUGUAUUGUAUUUCAAAAAGCAUUUAUUGAUAAGUGAACCGUGGACUUGUGACGUAU